ACUCGCGUCCUAUUAUAUAUAGGCAGACAUAUCAGGGGAGAGAGAGUAAAGAGUCCAACAUCAUCAAAACUCAUAAGAGAUAAACCAUCAAAGUUUUCUUAUCAAUUUCAAGAGCUUGAAGAUGACUACAGCCACUUUCGUAGAGAUUCUUCUGGCUAUCCUCUUGCCUCCUCUCGGUGUCUUUCUCAAAUUUGGUUGCAAGGUUGAGUUUUGGAUUUGUUUGAUUUUGACGCUGUUUGGUUAUCUUCCCGGGAUCCUUUACGCUCUUUACAUCAUCACCAAGUAGAGAGAUUUGAUCUCUCUCCUCUGUUCUUUCCCUCUGUUUCCUUGUGGAACAGCUGUUUCGUCUUGUUCUCUAUUUGGGACUGAUUCUUCAAUUAUUUUAUGUUAUGAGUAAAUUAAUUAUUGUUGUUGUAUUUGUAUUAUUGUAUAAUUUCUGCUGAUAUGAAGAAGAAAUCGUUGGUUUAUACGAGGAACUUGUUUAUUAUAAUCAGAUAAAACGUUACAAUGGGCA